GCUUGAAAUCAGCACACGUGACAAUCACCAAGGAGCUAGUGGCGUGGGGUCCUUUGCUAAUCAUCAUCAAGGACUGAGUUUAAUUACUUGGUUAUUUUAACCAUUUAAUUAUUUCUGGACUGUGCCGUCAUUUUUAAUCACCAAGUUAAAGACAAAUAAAUCAGCCAUUUAAAUCCUAUUCUGAGCAGUUACAAAGGAGCAAAAUAAGGAGCAUUAAAGACAAAUUCAAGGCCUUAAUUUCGCCCAGCCAGUCAUUGGAACAGGAGUUACAUAGCUGAUGGAAUAAUGUCAUUUUAGUAUUAGUAUAAUUGCCUUUUAUGCUGUACUUUAUUAUCAGUUUUUAAUAUCUUUGCAUUGUAUUUCGGCUAUAUAUGCCAUGCUUGCUGGACAUUGUAAUGCAUAGAUAGAACAGUUCAAGCUUACUCAGAAUUUGUGUCUACAUUUUCGAAAGGUUAUUAGCAAGUGACGUCUUGAUAAUAAUCCGAUUAGCUCAAUUGGUGUUGAGUGCUAAUCUCUUUGUUAAACUAUUGGUGUAGUCUAACAUUGCCUAUCCCUUGCUGUUUCACUAAAAUACGAAAACUAUCCAAAAACACUUAGCAGAAUUCAACUAAUAAGGGUGGUACCUAGUAUCUUCGUUAUUGGUUGUUUGCUUCCGCUACCCUUACGAAUUAAAGCACUCUAAUUCGUAUCAUUUGUGGUAUCAGAGCUUUGGCUCUGAAUCCUUGUUACGUGACAAUGGUGGAUUACAACAGCGAUGAUUUCAUGGACAGAUUGCGUGAAGCCUUAAGGAGCGUCAAUCUGGGAGAUGAACGAUGGAGGUCUAGAAGGGGUGAACCACGUCCAAACGCGGAUGAAUUCAAAAUCACCGAGCUACCUGAAUUCAAUGGCAGUGCAGACCCGGAGGUUUAUUUGGAAUGGGAGCGCAAGAUCGAUAGAAUGUUUGACUUCAAGGAUCUUGACGAUGAGAAGCGUUGUAAGUAUGCUAUUCUGAAACUUAGCAAAAGUGCAUCGUUGUGGUAUGAGGGCUUGAAGGCUCGAAGAAUACGAGAUAGGAAGGAGAAAAUCAGUUCUUGGGAGUCCUUGAAAAGAAAGUUGCGCAAAAGGUAUGUGCCAUCGAACCACAGAUUGAACUUGUAUAAGAAGAUUUCAGAUUUAGUACAAGGUAAAAUGAGUGUUACUGAGUACAUUGAUGAAUUCGAAAACCUAUGUUUAAUGGGUGAGUUGGAGGAAAAUGAAGAGCAAAGAAUGAGUCGUUUUCUUCGUGGUCUGAAUAAGAACAUAGCAUUUGCUGUUGAGCUAUGUAAUUAUUCUGACUUCAACACUUUGAGCACCUUGUGUUUAAAAAUUGAAAAUCAAAAUAAGAGCAGAUAUAAUGCUGGUGGUUCAAGUGGUUGGUCCAAGGGAGGUGUAUCAGGUAGUGCAGCUGCAGCCCCUAGCACUAAACCAAAUGUGACUCAACCAAAACAGGUUGAGCCUACUCCUAAACAAUCUAGUGCUGCAUCCAAAGAGACUAGCCUGUCGACGGUUAGGUGUUUUAAGUGUCAAGGCUUUGGACACUAUGCUAGAGCUUGCCCUAAUAAAAGAGUUGUGACCCUCAGAGAAGCGGUUAGCAUGCGUGAUGAGUUGAUUAAGGAAGAGGAAGAAUCUGAAGAAUAUGGACCUCCCAUCUAUGAUACUUUGGUGCUUAGAACUUUACAAGCUAAAACUGCACCCUUGGAUGGGGAUCAAAGGAAUCAAAUCUUCUACACUAAGUGUCAAGUGAAGGAUAAAUGGUGUAGUGUCAUUGUGGAUGGAGGUAGUUGUACCAAUGCAGCUUCAACUGAAAUGGUGUCUAAAUUAGGAUUACUUACAACAAAACAUCCUAAACCUUAUGCACUACAUUGGUUGGACAAUGGGAGUAGUAUAAAAGUUACAAGACAGACUAGUGUGGGGUUAACCAUGGGGUCUUAUGUUGAUGAGAUCUUGUGUGAUGUUGUGCCUAUGGAUGCGAGUCAUAUACUUCUGGGACGUCCUUGGCAAUUUGAUAGAGAUUAUGAAGAUGUGUUUCCAAUUGAAUUACCAAUUGGUUUGCCACCUAUUCGUGGAAUUGAGCAUCAAAUUGAUCUAAUUCCCGGAGCUCCAUUACCAAACAAAGCGGCCUAUAGGUGUAAUCCGGAGGAGACAAAAGAGUUGCAACGGCAAAUUGAAGAAUUGAUCAGCAUGGGUUAUGUGCGUGAAUCAAUGAGUCCUUGUGCUGUCCCAACGUUGCUGGUUCCUAAGAAGGAUGGUUCCUGGAGAAUUGUGGUGUUUCUUGGAUACAUUGUGUCUAAAGAUGGAGUAUCGGUUGAUCCAACAAAGGUGGAUGCUAUCAAAACAUGGCCAAGUCCUACAACAGUUUCGGAGGUGAGAUCUUUCCAUGGUCUUGCAUCAUUUUAUCGACGCUUUAUCCAGAAUUUUAGCACUAUAACAAGCCCUAUUACUGAAUGUUUGAAGAAGGGUGCGUUUGUGUGGAAUGAGCAAGCACAAAAGGCUUUUGAAUUGAUUAAGUUAAAGCUUUGUGAAGCUCCUGUUUUAGCUUUGCCCGACUUCACUCAACCAUUUGAGGUCGAAUGUGAUGCUAGUGGGGUUGGCAUUGGAGCUGUUUUGAUACAAAACAAAAGGCCUAUAGCUUAUUUCUCAGAGAAACUUGGGGGAGCUCGAUUGAACUAUUGCACCUAUGACAAGGAGUUCUAUGCCAUUGUAAGAGCUCUUGAUCAUUGGAGUCAUUAUUUGCGUUCUAACCACUUUGUGUUGCAUUCAGAUCACGAGUCUUUAAAGUAUAUCAACGGACAACAAAAGUUGAGUCCAAGGCAUGCUAAAUGGGUUGAAUUUCUUCAAUCUUUUAAUUUCUCUUCAAAAUACAAAGAUGGUAAGAGUAACGUGGUGGCUGAUGCACUUUCAAGGAGGUAUGGUGGAUUUUUGUUCAAAGAGAAUCGGCUUUGCAUUCCAAGGCAUGCAAUUCGUGAGUUGCUAGUUCGUGAGGCUCAUGGUGGGGGUUUAGCUGGUCACUUUGGCAUUACAAAGACCCUGGAGAUUUUAAAAGAACACUUUCAUUGGCCAAAGAUGUUAGGAGAUGUGCAAAAGGUCAUUAGCAAGUGUGUUACUUGUCAUAUGGCGAAGAGUUCUUUCAAACCAGGGGCAUAUACUCCAUUACCAACACCUAAUGGUCCUUGGAUGGACGUGAGCAUGGAUUUCAUUGUGGCUUUGCCCCGCACACAGCGAGGUAAGGAUGCAAUUAUGGUUGUUGUUGAUAGGUUUUCAAAGAUGGCACACUUUGUAGCUUGUCACAAAACAGAUGAUGCUAGUAACGUUGCUGAUUUGUACUUUCGUGAGAUUGUGCGCUUACAUGGAGUUCCUAAAACUAUUGUUUCCGAUCGUGAUUCAAAGUUUUUGAGUUAUUUCUGGAAUACAUUAUGGAGGAAAUUGGGUACUAAGUUGCUGUUUAGUACUUCCCAUCACCCUCAAACCGAUGGGCAAACAGAGGUGACUAAUAGAACUCUUGGUACCUUGCUGCGUGGCUUGGUUAAUAAAACUCAAAAGGAUUGGGACUUGAAGUUAGCUCAUGCCGAAUUUGCCUACAAUCGGUCCCAUACAUAUGCUACUAACCAUUCUCCUUUUGAAGUUGUUUAUGGUGUGAAUCCUUACUUGCCAUUGGAUCUGAUGGCUAUGCCUCUUGUAUGGGUCCAUUUGAGAAAAGAGAGAUUCCCAAGCAAAAGAAAGAAUAAGCUCAUGCCUAGAGCUGAUGGUCCCUUCAAAGUUAUAUCAAAGAUCAAUGAUAAUGCAUACAAGAUUGAUUUGCCCGGAGAAUAUGGAGUACAUGCAACUUUCAAUAUUGGAGAUCUCUCACCAUAUUUGGAUGAUGAUGGUAUUCAAGAAUUGAGGUCAAUUCCUUUCAAAGGGGGAGGGGAUGAUGCGAAAAUUGAUCUAGAAGAGCUUGAAAUCAGCACACGUGACAAUCACCAAGGAGCUAGUGGCGUGGGGUCCUUUGCUAAUCAUCAUCAAGGACUGAGUUUAAUUACUUGGUUAUUUUAA